UUUUAUUGAAGAAAUUCUUAAUCUCGGUAUAUUUUGGGUAUCAAAUUUUAAAUCUGCCGUUCAUAAUAACACAAAACUCAGAAUUGUGGAUGAAGUGUAACUCAGAAUUCUUUAGGUAACGAAAUAUGUUCAGUGUGCAAGAAUACACGAGAAUUAAUCCCCUCCAUAAGCGAAUCUGAUGUUACUAUAUCACAGGUGACAUCAAGCGAAGCGUUUUAUGACCUCAUUGACAAACAUACGACAGAGUUGUUUUAAUAUAUGGACGUGUACCGACAUUUAACUCACAAUUCGUCUUGAGCGGCGUGCGCGUCGUUUAGAUGUUCCGUAGAGAUUGUCGAUUUCCGUUUCAGACUUAAAAAGUAUCGAUAACUUGACACAGAUUUUAUAUAUCUAUAUUUAUUAGAACGCAUGGUAGUUGGUCAGUUGAAAAGCCGUGUCCAAUAUUUGUAACCAGCUGUAAGGCUUAACCAGUUUGCCGAGUUUCACUUCUUCCUAUUUCUCCAAGCGAGCGGCAUCCGCAAUGCUUAUACGUAUCGAAUUUGAAUUGUGUUUCGGGAUAGUAUUUUAAAUCAGUGAUAAUAUUUAGCAAUACAUAUUGUAUGUUUAAUUGAUGCAAGAGUACGUUUCUGUCAGGGAUAUAUAUUCGUACACACGCAGUGUGUAUGUAUUUAUGUGUGUAUAUAUACGUAUACAUCAAUAUAAAUACAAAUAAAUAAGAAAAUCAGUCUGAUCGCAAGAAAAGAAAUUUCAUCAGAUCUGAAAAUGAAGUGUCCUCGUUCCAAAACUGUUUGUGCCCUUAUUGGUCUGCUGUUAGUGAUAUCUUGUGCAGAUUCAUGCAGUGGGAAAAUUAAUACGAUGUGCGAAAAAUCGAAUGAAGAUUCGCCUCGAAGCGAUCAGCCACAUAUCAUCACCAUUAUUGCCGACGAUCUGGGCUGGAACGACGUCAGCUUUCACGGGCACGAUCAAAUUCCGACACCGAACAUCGAUGCUUUGGCGGCAAAUGGGGUGAUACUGAAUCGUUAUUACGUUCAGCCAACAUGCACGCCAUCCAGAACUGCGUUUCUCACUGGACGAUAUCCUCUGCGUGCUGGAAUGCAAGGGAUACCUUUGACUACUGGAGAACGUUGGGGAAUCCCAGUGGAUAUUCCGCUCUUCCCGGGGCACCUUCGUAACUUGGGUUAUACCACCAGACUGCUGGGAAAAUGGCAUCUCGGCUACUACACCGUAGAUCACGUUCCAACCCAACGAGGAUUUGAUUCCUUCGUUGGGUACUACAACGGCUACAUAAAGUACUUCGACCACACCAUCAGGCAGGACAAAACGAAUGAGACUGGCUAUGACCUGCAUCGCGACGAUCGGCAGAAGUUGACGAUUGAGAGAAACAAGGAUUACUUCACAGACUUCCUGACUGAGGAAGUUGAGGAUGUGAUAAAAAGUCACGACGUGUCGAAACCUCUUUACUUGCAGAUAGCUCACCUGGCACCGCACAGCGGAGAGCCGGAGGAACCGCUGGAGGUUUGGAAUGUGACAGAAGUGAACUUGACUCUCGGUUACAUCAAGGAUAUCAACAGGCGGAAAUUUGCUGGAAUGGUUACGAGACUUGAUAAUUCGGUCGGGCGAACGAUAAAGGCUUUGAAGAACGCCGGGAUGCUGGAGAACUCGAUCGUCAUAUUCACCACCGAUAAUGGUGCCCAGACUGAAGGACUCCACGUGAAUUAUGGAUCCAAUUAUCCUCUUCGCGGGUUGAAGUUUAGCAUGUUUGACGGCGGCGUCAGAGGAGUUGGCUGCAUUUAUUCGCCACUGAUCGUAAAUUCGUCGAGAGUAUCGAACGAGUUGAUGCACAUUACCGACUGGAUGCCGACCUUGUAUUCAGCUGCCGGUGGGGAUGUCAAGGUCCUCGGAGAACUCGACGGGGUGGAUCAAUGGCCGACAUUGAAGUACGGCCUUAAAAGUCCUAGAACUUCGCUUCUCUUGCAUGUGGAUGAAAAGUUCAAGGUAGCUGGAGCAGUUAUGGGAAAAUUUAAAUUUCUACAAGGUAACCAAGUCAACUACACUGAUUUUUAUGGUGACAGUGGCGACGGGGAUAAUUAUCCGCCUUACUCUGCAGCGUCAGUCGUAUCUUCUGCUGCUGGGCAGGCGAUUUCUCAAAUUUCUGAGUCCGUUGCAACUCCGCAACAAAUCAUCAGCUUGCGUUUGAAAACAAAAAUGUCGUGUCCACCAUUCCAAGAAUACGUGAACUGCACGAGCAGAUGCCUCUUCGACUUAAGCGUUGACCCCUGUGAGACUGUUAACCUAUCUGAACAGCAUCCUGAGAUAGUUGAACUAAUGGAGAGUUAUAUAGAGAAAUAUCAAGAUGUUUUGGUCCAGCAAUCGAGCGGUUUGUACGACAGAACUUCAAGUCCUGCCAAGUUUAAUGGGGCAUGGAUGCCGUGGAUAAAAUUCAACCACAAUGAUGAAUCUGCGUCGCUUUUGGAAGUGCCACAAACCAGUUCCGCCGGUGACAUCAUCAUGAAUCUCAGGUCGAUUCGGCAAUCAUGAUACCUGACGUAUCUGUUUGUAAAUGGAGAUAUGGAUCAACAUUUUAAAUGAUAUUAAAUUUUAACUCAAUCUGUUCAAAUGUUAUAAAUGACAACUGUCACUUGCA